UCAUUUCUGUAUAAACAAACCGUUUCCCAGUCAGCUCCUUGACAGACCACUUUAUCUGCCUUGGAGAGUGGCACGGUCGAGGCGUAACAUUUUGAAACGUUGUGUUCAGCACAUAGUAAGCGGGGAUGAGUUAAGUAGGUUUAAAGGAACAACGCGGAUUCCAAAGUGGAGAUUAAGAGAACAUAUACGUUUUGUUUUCGAAGGAACCUUUGGAGUACAUUGUGACCGACAAAAAACCAUUCAACUCCGACCUCCGAUGCAAAGGCUCCAUGGCAUAAAUCCCGUCCUCACAUUCAGCUGGUCCCUGGGGAGAGCUGCCGAGGAACUCACUACUCUGACGCCCCGCUGCCAUUUUCCACAGCCUGAGGGGAACCAGGAAGCAGCCGGCAGGAGCCAUGCCUGCCCUGGCCACCAGAGCCGGCCACGAGCCAGGUCUGUACGAGCUGCUGGCCGCUCUGCCCUCUCAGCUGCAGCCCCAUGUCAGCCGUCCCGAGGACAACACCUUCCUCCAGGAGAUGUUCGGGGAGCGCAGCCUGCACUCGCUGAUCAAGAUCCACGAGCAGCUGCAGCUCUACGAAGAGAGCAAACCCGUCCCGGUUCUGGACAACGCUGCUGCUCUGGCCCGUGAAUUGUACAAGGAGUUGGAAGGGAAAUCAGCCAAUGGAGAAAUCAAAGAGCUUCUCCAACUGCUGGCCAAACCCCACGUGAAGAGCCUCCUGUCGGUCCACGACACUAUCGCCCAGAAGAGUUACGACCCUGAACUACCACCUCUGCCCGAAGACAUUGACGACGAUGAGGAUUCUGUGAAAAUCAUUAGACUAGUCAAAAACAAGGAGCCUCUCGGAGCAACGAUAAUGCGUGAUGAUCACACAGGAGCCAUCCUGGUGGCCCGGAUCAUGAGAGGAGGGGCAGCCGACAGAAGUGGACUGAUUCAUGUUGGGGAUGAACUGAAGGAGGUCAAUGGAAUCCCUGUGGAAGACAAGAAACCGGAGGAAAUCAUUCGUAUUCUGGCCCAGUCGCAAGGGGCCAUCACCUUUAAAGUUGUCCCCGCGGUCAAGGAAGAGGCGCCAAGCAAGGAGCCAAAGGUGUUUAUGAAGGCACUCUUUGACUACGACCCAAAGGACGACAAAGCCAUCCCAUGUAGGGAGGCUGGACUGGCGUUCAAGAGGGGCGACAUCCUACAGGUCAUGAGCCAAGAUGAUGCAACCUGGUGGCAGGCCAAACACGAAGGAGAUGCCAAUCCUCGUGCCGGCUUAAUUCCGUCCAAACAGUUCCAGGAGAGGAGAUUUGCACUGCGGCGACCUGUUGCGACUCUCCCACUGCAGAAGACCCUCAGCAGACGAUCAUACGAUGUGGCUGUAGAGUUUGCUGAGGAGAUCGAAGAGGAUGCUGACUAUAUUAGCGGAUUCCACCUAGCUGGUUUCAGGAGGAGCUUCCGUCUGAGCAGGAGGGACAAGAAGACCAACAAGAGCAUGUACGAGUGUAAGAAAAGCGAAAUGUACGACAUGGCUGACGUGCCGACGUACGAGGAGGUCACCCCGUACCGCAGGCAGAGCGGUGCUAAGCACAGGCUGGUGAUCCUAGUAGGACCCACAGGAGUCGGCUUGAAUGAGCUAAAGAGGAAACUGCUGAUCUCAGACCCCCAGCACUUCAGUGUGACCAUCCCACACACCAGUCGGGCCAAGAAGAACCAGGAGAGCGACGGCGUGGAGUACCACUUCAUCUCCAAACAUCUCUUUGAGACGGAUAUACAGAAUAACAAGUUCAUCGAGCACGGCGAGUUCAAAGGGAACUACUACGGGACAAGUCUAGACUCGAUACGAUCCAUCCUGUCCAAGAACAAAGUGUGCCUAUUGGAUGUCCAGCCCCAUACCAUAAAGCACCUGCGGACGGCCGAGUUCAAACCCUUUGUGAUUUUUGUGAAGCCUCCCAGGAUCGAGAGAUUGAGGGAGACCAGGCAAAGCGCUAAAAUGAUAUCAGGCAAGGACGACAAGGGAACUGCCAAGCCAUUCACGGAUGACGACUUCCAGGAGAUGGUGAACACUGCGCAGACGCUGGAGACUCAACAUGGCCACCUGUUUGAGAAGGUCAUAGUCAACGAUGACCUCUCGGCGGCUUUCAGCGAGCUGCGGUUGGCGUUAAAGAAAGUGGAGACGGAGACUCACUGGGUUCCGGUUAGCUGGACUCACUCCUGAGAUCCACACUUAAAGAAAAGGGAAGGGCUUUGACAAUAAUAUGCAGGUUUUUUUAUAUCUUUCUAUGUCUGCUGUGGCUGGUGUUGGGGGAAUAACGGGAAUAAAAUAAGGCCAGACGGCUUUGUCACCAUACCUGAACUUCACAGAGCUAAAAAUAAUCUUUUAGCCUGAGUACAGGUUUGGUUUAGACCUCAGCUGUGGUCUGGAUGCCGAUCUCCAGGUCGACCAGAUCUGACAGAGCUGAGGGUAAGGGCGUACGUCCAGAAUACGGGUUCUGGACAAGGAUCUGGGUCUCAGUCUGUGCCACAAGAGUUGGAGCUCUUGGUCCAAACCAUGUGGAACGAGCUUGGACUGCCAGCACAUCAGAAACAGCGCCAACCAGGUCUCCAUUUUUUGUGUGUUUAUAAUAGACCAUUAGAAACCAAAGGGAUACACUUAUUUCUUCUUGGUUGACAAAUGUCAUGCAUUAUGUCUGUAAAAGAACACAACUGCUGAGGGGAAAAGACGGAGAAAAAGGAAAACACCUUCUGUCUUAUAUUUCUGUGCUUCUAUAAUGCUUCCUUGACUGUUACUCCAAACACAAAUAUUUUCAGGUACACUCUCGAGAAAGGGCAGUAAAGUGUAAUUUUAUUUAAGAGAUUUUAAUAUAUUUUCUAAUAUCCUCCGGGUGUUUUUUUUUGCAUACAUUUUAUAAACAUAUCUUUUAAAGUAACCUGAUCUUAAAAAUAGCAACAUCUCUGACAGCUUACUACACCAGAUGCAUAUCAUCUUUCAGUAAACAGUUUGAUUUCAUUACCCUGGUCUGUACUUUCUCCCUACAAAGCACACAGAGAGCCAUUUUAUUUAGGUGUUAUUCCAUUUAGAAGCGUUUUGCAAAUCCACCCUUCGUAUGAAGGUGCCCAGCAUAACAGCUUUGCCAUAUUAUGUCCCAGAACUGGACAUUUUUGGCUGUCUGCUAGAAGAAAAUGGUCACAAUUGUGUUUUAUUAGGGUGGAGUCUUUAUUUUUACUCACAUAAAAAGGGCUUCAGCAAGGCUGCUAAUAGAAAGUCCACAGCACACUUCCAGGGUUUUAAUUAAAUGCUAAGUAAGCCUAGCUGCUCCGGACUUUAUGAGCAUUAGACGUUUAUUGCUAAUUCUAGUCUCCUAUUUCCAGCCUAACUUAUUCAUUUUUUACUCAUAGGUUCUCUUUUUUACUUAAUUUUCAAAGCAGCUACACAUUAAUCCUGGCUCUACUUUUAUCAUUAACAAUUUAACAGCCCUGGUAGCAACAUUUUACACUCUGAAAGAUUAAUUUGCUCACUAAUUUACUUUCUUGCAGAUAAAGAGACAGGAGAUUGAUACCACUUCAUGUCUAUAUAUUAAAUAUGAACCUAGAGUCAAGAGACAAUUAGCUUAGCCUAGCCUAGCUUAGCGUUAAACUGGAAAUGGAGAAAAACUGUUAGCCUGGCUCUUUCCUGAGUUCCGAAAUAUGUAGCACCUUUCAGGCUGCGGUUAAAUGACCUUGUUUCUGUUUGAAGAACAUUUUUGUUCAUUUAGAAGUUUUAAAGAUGCUCUUACACAUUCUUUUUACUUGAGAGUAUAAGUUUCACAAUGCUUUGUCGAUGCUAAGCUAAGCUAAUUAUCUUCUGGCUCUGGCUCCAUACUUAACAUACAGACAUGAGAGAAGUAUAGAAUCUGUGUUUCUCACAACAUGAAACUAUUCCUGUAGUUGUGUUUUUUAAAGCUUAUGUGUACUAUCUUUUUUUCACUAGCUGCAUGUCCAGCUCAGGUUGCAUUGCCCAAAUUGAUUUGGUGUUCUAUUCUUCUUUCACCUCCUACUCUAAUAUUUAUAAAAUAAAUGUGUGUCCAUUUUUAAAAAGGGUAAUAGGAGUGUUCAUGUUCAGUAAUGAUAUUUUAACACCCCUCAUUUGCCCCUUUAAUUGAUUUUUAGUAUCGCAUUAAGUUCCCUUUUUAUAUAUUAUUUUACUUGUUCACCCAUCAUAUCUAAGCCCUCUGGCAUCUUCUUUUUAGAUCAGAACCAGAUAUGUACAGUCUCCAGAAAAUAUUUGUAAUUUGUGUCUGUAAAUGAAAUGCUGUUGUAUGAAGUUGCAUUAUUCUUGAUAACGGCUACAUUUUAUAUUAAAGAAAAUCUAACUAAAAGUGUA